AUGGAGCAACAGCUUUUCGAAGUUGAGUCUCGCUUUAUUGCAUCUGAAGAAAAAGCUGACCUAAAAAUAGCUGAAAUCCAUCAAGUAAUGCAUAAUUAGAAAGCAACUAAAGCAAGGGACAUCAAAUCUUAUGUAGUUGACGAGAGUAGCGAGCUAUGUCCAUGCUGUAGCAUGCCAGCUGUAAUUUCUAUUCUUAUUAAAAUUAGUCUUUAUUAAUAAUUUUUUAAGUCACCAAAUUCAUUUAAUUUACUAUAAAUUAUUCUUUUACAGUAUAUAUAGGACGCUCCUUUAUUUUCUAUAUGUUGUUCUGCCGAAGAUCUAGGCGACCUAGGUGUCGGCAUAUCCUUGUAUUAUUUCUUCGUCCAAAGAAUUAUGUUAUGAUUUUUAUGAAGUUUCCUAUUUGCAGGUAUAUUCGCAAUAUAUACCAAUUCAGAAGCUGGAAAUGCAGGAGAUUGGGGCCGAGGAACCCACAGCUGAUAUAUAGCAUCUUCUCUUGGAGGCUACGGAAAAAGCGAAAAUCCAACAGUAGUCCAAGGCAUUCUCCACGCUGCUAACUGCGGAUUUUUGAUUAUUUUUUACUAUUGACUAAUUGUAGGCCUUUCAAAAUUGUCCAGAAAUGUCGACAAAGACAAUAUCACCCCAGCUGAUUUUACUAUUUGGGUCCAAAAUUUAAAUAAAAAUUUUAUUGACAGGGAUCUCAAAGCGUUUCUUGAAGAAAGAUGCAGAAAUUUUGGAAUUCCUGGGAAUAUUUAUAGUAUAAGCAUAGCUUAUGAUAUAGGAAGAUAUGUCAGCAAUACUAAACAGCAAGAUAAGCUGAAGGGAGAGCUUAUUUAUAUAAGAGAUUAUCAAAAGAAAAAUAAAGGCAAAUACCCAAAAAAAUUCUCGAUAUGCUGCUAUUCUAGUAAAAUUUAUUCAGAAAAAUACCCUGCUGAGGGGAGAAUCCAAGCCCAAAUUGAUGAGCUAGACAGAAGGAUUAAGAAUUAUGAAGAAAAAACUGAGGAAAGAUACCAUCAAACUCAGUUCGCAUUUGUUACUUUUACUAGGCAAGAAAAUUCAAAAGAAUUUUUGCAAUUUUGGCCUAAUGGUUUUUGGUCGAAUUUUUCAAAUUUUUUGUCAUCAAUUUGUAUGAACACUAAUAAUGUUCUUUUUAAUGGGAGGUUUCUUAAAAUUGAAAAAGCUCCGGAACCGUCUGAUAUUAUAUGGGAAAAUCUAAAUGCAACAGCUUGCCAAAAGCAUACAAAAAGAGCUGUGACUUUCAUUUUGACUACUUUUCUACUUGCAGGGAGCUUUUUAUUGGUGUUUUUAACUAAAAAAGCUCAAAGAGAUCAGUAUAGUUCAUAUGAAGAUAAAUCUGAGGAUAAGAGGACUUAUUCUGAAUUAUUUCAGGUAAGAUUUUUUUCAUUUGGGUUAUCUGUUUGCAUUGUGUUAAUAAAUAGGGCUAUCGCGAUUAUUGUGAGGAUUUUUACAGCUGAUGAAAAGCAUUAUACGUGGUCAACUUAUAAUAAGUCAGUUACCAAUAAACUUGUAUUGGCGCUUGUUUUAAAUACAGUUGGAAUCAUUAUUUGGAUUAACUCUGAAUCAAAAAAAGAUUUAUUUUUGCCUUAUGGGCUAGUUAAUGAUAUACUUUUCUUGCUUUUGACUGAUGCUAUUGUAUCUCCGCUUACUUAUAUUUUUUCACCUUUAUAUUUAUAUAAAGUUUAUUUAAGAAGGAAAAUUAGAAAUCAAGCCAAAAAAGGGAUAAUUGGCUUAACUCAAAUCGAAGCUAACAAAAUAUGAGAAAACCCUCAAGUCGAUAUGGCUCAGAGAUAUUCAAAUAUAUUGAAAACCUUACUUGUCUGCUUUAUCUUUGCACCAUUAUUCCCAUUAGGACUUGCAAUUGGUCUUGGCUCAGUUAUUAUUGAAUAUUGGACUGAUAAAAUUAUUUUAUUAAGAAGACAUUCAAGGCCUCGAACCUACGGUGAUGCCAUGUCUAAAAACAUGCUCAACUGAAUUCCAAUCCUAAUCCUUGCCUAUGCCGUAAUCCUUACUUAGACCUCUAACUGCAUCUUCCAAUACAUCAUGUACAAAGAAAAUUUAUAUUUUCCUCUAGGCGGACUCUGUGCUUGCCUUGUUAUUUUCCUAGCACCUUGCAAAUGCUUCCUAAAAAAAUUAAAUACUACAUACAUUCCUAUCCAAGAUGGGGAAAAUGAUAAUUAUGAAGACAGCGCAAUUAAUUUCAAUGAAGAUUAUUUAAGAAAUAAUCCUUUAACUGCAAAAGAAGGAUGAAGUGAGUGGCUUAACCUUGUAGAAAGAAAAAGAGGAAAAGAGGAAAAAGAAAAAUUAGCUGAGGUGUUGGCACCAAAGCUAAAUUCUACGAAUAUGCUGAGGAAUUAUGCAAGCCAGCAAGCUGAAAUAGAAGCAGGAGAAAGGCAUAUUGCGAGUAGACCGAAUAUUUUGAAUACACUUUGGAGUAGUGCUAAUUCAAGAGAAAAAUUGAAUAGCUUGUUAGUAGGCAGCAAAAAUAGAGAAAUUUCUAAUCAAGUCACAAAUUUUGUGGAGGGAGUUUCUGCGCAGAUUUCUAGCUUAUUUGUGGGUUCUGGAAGAGAUAAGUCAAAUUCUCAGCAGUCUCCUAGCAAUCAGCAGUCUCCUAGUAAUCAGCAGUCUCCUAAUUAUCAACAGACCCCUAAUCCUCAGCAGUCUACUAAUAAUCAGCAGCCUCCUAAUUAUCAGCAGCCUCCUAAUUAUCAACAGCCUCCUAAUUAUCAGCAGGCUCCUAAUUACCAGCAGGCUCCUAAUUAUCAGCAGCCUUCUAAUUAUCAGCUGCCAAGCUAUCAGCAGCCUAGCUAUUCACAGCCUAGCUAUCAGCAGCCUAGCUAUCAGCAGCCUAGCUAUCAGUAUCCUAAUUAUCAAUCUCCUAGUUACCAAGAGGCUAAUUAUCCCCAGUCUAUCUAUCAGCAACCUAAUUAUCAGCCACCUAACUACCAACACCCUAAUUAUCAGCUGCCUAACUAUCAGCAGCCUCCUAAUUAUCAGCAACCUCAAAAUCCUCAAUAAUUAUCUAACUGUUGCUCUAAAUUAAACCAAAUUAACUAUAAUAAAUAAAAUAUAUAUCAAAUUCUCAUUUUUUAG